AUGUCACAGAUAACCCACGAGGCUGCUGGAUUUGUGGCGGCAAUGCAUCUCAAUGAACGGAAUUCUUCCAUUGUGCCCGAUCUGGCCGAACGGAUGAAGGGGUGCGACAUCAAAUUCACGUAUGAAAUGGCAGAUGCGCAAUACAACAGACUGGUGGCUCUCAAGACAGUCCAACAAGUGGCUACUCGACCAGAUAUGAAGCCAGGGCACACAUACCGUUACUCAUUCGAUCAGUGGAAGCCAAGGCCUACUGCCAUUAUUGGGGCAGAUGCCAGCGCAAUAUCCUUGGCAGUGGCCAAUUUGGCAGGCAUUUAUCAAAUACCUCAAAUCUCGGGAUCAUCGUCUGCCACAGAUCUCGAUAACAAGAUGGCAGCUCCGUAUUUCUCACGAACAUACCCAACCAACCAGGCAGAUGCAGAGGCACUCAUGAUAUACUACAAGUCCCUUGGUGUCACACAUUUUGGAUGCAUCUUUAUGCGCGAUGUUUAUGGCAGUUCCUUUGGGAAAGCUGUCAUUACUGCGGCGGCAGAGCAUGGCAUUGAAAUAUAUUUCACAGCCUAUGAAGCGGGUGAUGACCAAUCACUCAAAGAGGGGCUGCAGUAUCUCAGGUCCACGCAGGUCCGGUACUUUUUCGCCAUUAUCUACACAGAUCUAAGUGAAACAGUGUUCCGGGAAGCGUACAAAAUGGGCAUCAUGGGUCAUCCUGGGUAUACAUGGCUUCUUGGGGAUGGUUCAUCUUACUUGACUUCUGGAGACUACACUGUUGAUCGUGCAACAAAAUCAGAUAUUGCCAAAGCCAUCAAUGGGGUUGGAGUCAUUCUUCCUGGCAUAGACAUUCACCCCAACCUUCAACAGAUCAUGGAACACGACUUUCGUACCAAUCAACAGCUCCAAGAGGACUUUGUGGCUGCUCAUCAACCCAACCUACAUCACUUUUUCAAAGAACGCGAUUUUUUUGAGACAAUGAAACCUUCCAUUUUUGUUGGAAUGACAUAUGAUGCUGUCAUCUCAGUGGGCUUGGCCGCAUGUCAGCAACCCGAGCGUUUCUUCUCACCAGAGCAACUCCUGCACGGUAUACGACAACAAACAUUCCAUGGAGCCACAGGUUAUGUCACCUACAAUAAUUUCACUGGGACCAGAGAUCUACUUGGGCUUGGAUAUGCCAUUACAAACAUUGUCAUUGCCAAUGAUGACCAACAAGUCACACCGGGAAGAAUCCGUUUCGAUGCCACUACACGAACAGCAAUCGAAUUUCCUUCCCAGGUAGUCGAUCUAGGUCUGGGGCCCUAUGUCUACACAGAUAACACCACAACAACUCCUCCAGCCCUGCCCCAUGUGGAUGUCGAUAUGAACUUAAUCCCCAGAGGAAUCCAAGCCUUUGGGUGGGGACUGAUGACAUUCAUCAUCAUCCUCUCUGCCUGCUGUAUUGCAUUUUCUCAACACUACCGGACAAAGCAGGCAGUUGCAGCUGCCCAACCAGCCUUUCUCAUGAUGAUCUCCAGUGGAUGCUUGCUCAUGGCUACUGCCAUUCUUCCAAUGUCACUCCAAGAGCCCAUCCCAGAAUCAAGCCUGGACAUAGCGUGCAUGUCUCAACUUUACCUGGUAUGCAUUGGAUUUUGUGUUUCAUUUUCCGCCCUCUACUGCAAGCUCUACCGCAUCAACAAGCUACAGCAAGGGGCAUGCCAAUUCAGGAGAGUGACCAUUGGGGUGAAAGAUGUCAUGUAUCCACUCAUCAUCAUGGUGUCUCUCAAUUUGGUUGUUCUUGUUGUAUGGACGGUUGUGGAUCCUUGUGUGUGGGAUCGCCGUGAGCCGGAGCACUCUCGAGAUGAAUUCAAUAGAACCAUUGCAAGCUAUGCUGUCUGUUCCAGCAGCAAUGAAACACUUGGGAAUGCCUUUGGAGCCCUCCUGUUUGUAAUCAACUUUGUUGCCUUGGCCCUAGCAAACUGGGAAAGCUUCAAGGGCCGGAAGCUACCAAGCCAUGUUAAUGAAACCAGGAGAAUAGCUUUUUCCAUGUUUUUCCUCAUGGAGGCUUGCUUGCUCGGGAUACCCAUUUUGUUGGUUGUUCAAAGCAAUCCAACUGGUUUGUUUCUUGCCAAGGCAGUCCUCAUCUUUUGGCUUUGUGCAGCAAUUCUGGGUCCCUUGUUUUUGCCACUUUGGAAUAAGCAAACAGGGAGGGAAUCAUUGACACGCUCUGUGUCAAUCUUAAGCUCCAGAAAUUUUAUGCACAGAUCUUCAGAAAUGUUUCCCGGAAGAGCAUCACAUUUUGGCAUGAUUUCAUCUGAACUGCUGCAGCAUCAACAACCCUCUCAAGUGUUGCGGAAUCUGGACGACAAUCUUAAUUAA